UCACAGACCAGAGCCAGCGGAGUCUGCGGCCGGGCCCCUGCUCCACAGCUUUGACUACAGACCAGAGACUGAGCCGCGGGGUUUGACGCCAGCGCGGUGCACGCCGGUUCUCGUCCCUGCUGGUCGGGGUACGAGUAGGGAGCUGGUCUCACCUAACAGAUGUGUCUGGGACACUCCAGUCUAUUUAUUUAAUCAAAGACACAAAGACACAGAGGAUGGAGGUUUUGGAGGGAUACAGGGCUGAGGGAUACGUGAAGGAGUUCACACGCCACUCCAACGACGUGCUGCUGAACCUGAACGAGCUCCGGCACCGCAACAUCCUGACUGACACCACACUGGUUGUUGGAAAUGUGCACCUACGGGCGCACUGUGCCGUGCUCGUGGCCUGCAGUGGCUUCUUCUACUCGCUGUAUUCCCGCCGCAUGUUGCUUCAGGGGCGUGGCAGCAGCGGGGAGCAGCUCAUGACCGUGUCCCUCCCCAACACCUUGGACCCCUCCAGCGUCUCCCUGCUGCUCGACUUCAUGUACACCUCCCGCCUCCCUCUGACCCCGAGCACCGUCCCCGGGGUGCUCACUGUAGCGACAUACCUGCAGAUGGACCACGUGGCCGACACCUGCCGGGAUUUCAUGCAGCGGCACUGCAGGGAGAGUGCAAGACACCCUCAACUGGAGCUGGACUCCAGGGUGUCCGUCGCCUCUGUGGCACCCAAAGGAGGGGACCUGCCCAAUCCAGGCCCCCAGAGAUUAUUCCCACCAGCAACAAGGGUCCCAGCGGAGGUCGGGGGCUCUCUCAAGCCAGGGGCUUUCCCGACCUGCCAGUCCGGGUCGAAGGAGUUCAAAGGAGAGCCUGAGUCGCCCCUCAUGGGCAGCCCGACCCCUUCUCCUGACAGCCCCGCCCGCUCCAGCUGCCAGCCAAACUCUCCGGCCGAAUCCAACACGUGCAACAAAAACUUUGUGAGCGAUAUCAAAGCCACGCCCGACCCGAAGGCUUGCAAUUGGAAAAAGUACAAGUACAUCGUCCUCAACCCUCUCUGUGCAGCCACCACAGUGAAGGAGGAAGAGAUAGAGGAACCGCAAAGUCACACAUCACCUGACAGGAUGGGCCCGACACCCAAAGCAACAGAGGCGUGGUCUGGAGAAGUGCCCGGUCAGAUUGAUAGACAGGGGCAGGCCUCCUGCUACGAGGUUUCUGGCCGAGCCCCUCCCCUUGGGCCACCGCCCUCUGUGGAUCACCCGACAGUACCUCCCGCUCACAAGGAGGGAGCAGUCUCACCCUGCACCGUUUUCCCAAACCUGCACCCCACUGAUCCAGAAGCGGCCCAACAUGUCAUCAAACGUGAGAACUACUAUGUGCCUUUCUGUUAUUCGGGAAACCUUCAAGGAACCAAAACUGUCUGCUCAGGUGACAAGCCGUACCGCUGCAACGUGUGCGGCGCCCAGUUCAACCGACCCGCCAACCUGAAGACUCACUCUCGCAUCCACUCUGGAGAGAAGCCGUACCGCUGUGACACCUGCGGCGCACGAUUUGUUCAGGUUGCCCAUCUGAGGGCCCACGUUCUGAUCCAUACCGGGGAGAAACCGUACCCCUGUCACACCUGUGGCACCCGAUUCCGCCACCUGCAGACCCUGAAGAGCCAUCUGCGCAUUCACACCGGAGAGAAGCCUUACACGUGUGAGAAGUGUGACCUGCACUUCCGCCACAAGAGUCAGCUGCGUCUUCACCUGCGGCAGAAACACGGGGCCGUCACCAACACCAAGAUCCGCUACAAGGUCCUGACCGAGCCCUACCAGCCCAUUCUGCAGGCCUGCUGAAGACGUUGGACCACGUUAAUGAGAAUAUCUAAAUCCUAUCUGUGAGAAAAUGUCAAAUUUGGUGAAUUAAUUUCAGCGAUUUUAAAUUAUUAGCACCUGGUUAUUAACACAUUUUAAUAGACUUGUUAUUUUGGACAUCACAUAAAAAUAUUAGAAUAGAUUCCAAUUGGAGAAAAGAGACUUUUUUUUUUUUUUAUCGGCGUGUUGUUGGAUGAGGUUUGGAGCUUGGAGGUAAUUAUUAGCAUGAAUCAACAGGUUUUAGGAGAUAAUGGUUAAGAGAAGUGUUUUUUCGAAGGUUUGUGAAGGGAUGAAAAGAAGGGAACGAGACAUGGAAAGAAAGGUAAAAUAUUUUGGCACAUGCUGAAUUUUGAGAAAGUUUGUGAACGGUUUGAAUGGAAGAUAAAGCAAGUUUGACGAAGGAGAGGUGGCGAUUUUGGAGUAAAUUAAAUCUGGCUUCCUCGAAAAUAUAUAUUUAACUCAGAUUUAUAUUAAACUUGAGGCCUGGAGCCUGUGAUACCUGUUGUCAUAGUCCAAGCAGGCAAAGGACUUCUUGUACUGAGGGUAAAGACGAGGAAUUAAUGAUAUAGUUGAACAUGAACAUUUUAUAGAAGAUGACUGUAAGCAAUUGGUUAAUAAUAUUACAGUUGUGUUUGUAUGAGUUAAUUUGCUGGACAAAGAUGGUUUUGUACUAAAUUAAAUCAUUUUUAUACGAAUUGGA